AUGGAAGCAGAGCACUGUGGCCUCCUGCGAGCUGCACCACGCACCCUGCACACCCCCACUCCCUCCAGCCUGGGGACCAGGGCCUCCGAUGGGUUGGGAUCUGAAGGCUUCAGGCUCCUCUUUGGGCUUCUGCUUUGCUCCCAGAAGUCAUCCAAUAGCAGAAACAGCAAAGAGAAGGAGACGUACCAUUUCGAGGAGGGCGGGGCAAGUAGGGGUGGAGCUUCCAGAACAAAGGAGAAUGGGCAGCCCUGGGGGCCCAGGCUAGGCAUCAAAAAGGCUCUGCAGAGUGAGCAGGCCACAGCAGCAGCCCGCCUUUGUGCCCAGCAGUUGGUCAGACAACCCUCGCUCGCAUCCUCCUGCGUGCUCCAGGCUGGGUGCCCAGCCACGCUGCUCAGAGAGGCCUCCUGCUUGACUGCACCGACACUCGUGUGUGGCUUUCUUUACGUGGCUUGCAUUGCUGCUGCAAUUCCUGACGAGAGCACAGGGAUGGCUGAGAGUGGAGCCAGGAGCCCAGAGGGUCGUCGGCAGCACGCCUUCGUCCCCAAACCUUUUGAUGGAGCCAAUGUAGCCCCGGACCUCUGGCUGUUCCGCUUUGAGGUCAUCAAUGACCUCAACCACUGGGACCAUGUCACCAAGCUAAGGUUCCUGAAAGAGUCCCUCAAGGGAGAUGCCCUGGAUGUCUACAGCGGACUCAGCCCCAGUGACCAGGGAGACUAUGCGGCUGUGAAAGAGACCCUCCUGAAGGCCUUCGGGGAGUCUGGGGCCACCCCCAGCUACCUGCCCAAGGAGAUUGUCUUUGCCAACAGCAUGGGUAAGGGCUACUAUCUAAAGGGGAAAAUUGGCAAAGUGCCCGUAAGGUUCCUGGUGGAUUCUGGGGCUCAGGUCUCCGUGGUCCACCCAAGCUUGUGGGAGGAGGCCACUGAUGGUGACACGGACACCCUGCGGCCCUUUGAGAAUGUGGUCAAAGUGGCCAAUGGGGCAGAAAUGAAGAUCAUGGGUAUCUGGGAUACAGUGGUGACCCUGGGCAAGCUGAAGCUGAAGGCAGAGUUCCUGGUGGCCAAUGCUCCUCUGGGUUUAGGUGUCGCACUGUGCAGUCUUCUUAGAGACCCAGCUGCCCUUGGCGCCUUCCCAGUGGCUCCACUCCCUCCUCCUCUGGGUUCCUGGCAUGGUAGGAAGGCUUCACCUUAG